AUGGAUCCACUACCGGUGUUAGAAGAAUUAGAAAAUGAUUUAAAAUUAUUAAUUAUUGAAACAAAAAAAAAAAAAAUAUGUAUAAAAGAGAAAACUGAAAUAUUUAUUAUAAAAAUAAAAAAUUACAAUAGUAUAAUAAAAUGUAAUAAAAAUCAUUUAUUAAAUAGUUUUGAAUUCCCCAUAGAUGAAAUAAUUGAAAUUGUGAAUAUAGGCGUUAAUAUUAAUAGCCAUAAAAUUAUUUGUAUUUGUUUAUUAAUAGUUCAACGUGUUGUGUUUUACAUAUUAUACAUAAUAGAUAAUAGAGAUAUGAUAAAAAGUUUUAAAGAAAUUAAUAUAGAAAAACAAAUAGAAAAAAUCACAAAUAAAUUGUUUGACCUGACUUUUAUUGAAGAUAAGAAAAUUCUGAUUAAAAUAUUACAGAUCAUUUUAGCAGCAUUUUCACCAAAAUAUAUUGAAUUCUAUAAUAAAGAUAAUAUUAAUACACUGCUCAAGAUUUUGUAUGCUAUUUAUUAUACGUCCUUAUAUGAUAAUAAUCAUGUUUUAUAUCAGACAUGUUGUGCUGCGUAUGAGCAGUUGCUAAAUUCGUUGAUUGAUGUAUGUAACAAAGAAAAUCUAGUUUAUUAUAAUGCAUGUAAUGAUUAUAAAAAAAAAGGGAAGACGAAUUUAGACAAAAAGAAGAAAAGAAAAAUAAUAAAUAAUAAUGAUUAUCAUGACAGUGAUAGUGAUAGCGACAAGGAUGAAGAUCAUUCAAGUUGUGUAAACUUUUAUUUUGAAAAUUUUGAUUUACAGUAUAAUACAAACAGUCCUGUAGAUUUAAUAUACAUAAAUGAUCUAAAUAAUAGGAGUAAUAGGAAAAAUAAAUAUAAGCUAAUAUCAUUAAUUCAUUACUUGUGCUAUUGUUGUUUCGUAAAUAUUCGAACAAAAUACAACUCAGAUUAUAUAACCCAUUCAAGCGAAUAUGGUAUUGCAAGUGACGAAAAAGAAUAUAGAAAUAAAAAAAAAGAUCCAAGUAAUAAUUGUGAACAUUUGGAAAGUCAUAUUAAAAAUAACACUUAUAACGAUAAUUUCGAAUUCAGUAUUAGAGAAGAAAAAUACAAAGAUGAUUAUAAAACCAUUCAUUUGAACUUUAAACAAAGGUGUGAUUCUAAUAAAUUGGGAAAAAAUUAUUUAAAUAAUGAGCAAUUAUCAAUUCAAAAUAGUGAAAAAAAAAAGAAAGAAAAAGAUCAUAAUUCUGUAGAUGAUUGCACAAACAGAAAUCCUUCUGCUUUUUGCAAUUAUAGUCAAAAUUCAUUAAGUAGCAAAAAAAAAAAUGGUUUAAAUAAUGUAACAACUGUAAACAACAGUAGCAAUGUUUGUACCUUGGCGGAGAAGGAGAAUGUAUUUAAGGAAGAAGUUUGCAAAACGGGAAGCUUUAAAAAUGAUGAAAAAGAAAAUAGCAUCAGUAGUAGAAGCAGCAACAACAACAGAAACAGUAAUAGUUAUAACAAAUGUGGCGCAAAAAAUUCAAAUAUUAGAAAAUUGUUGAAAAUUUUGAAAAGUUCAAACUCAAAGCAUGAGGAUGAUGAUUUUAAUAACAUAGAAUUUAAUGAAAAUAAAUGCGUGAAUUUCCGUGAGAAGAGAACAGACAUACUAUCGAGUUAUAAUAAAAAUAAUUUAAUUUUGCCAUUUAAUUUUUGCUUGGAUUUAUUGUAUGUUUUUUUAAAUAAUUUUGAAUACUUUUUACAGAAUUUUGAAUUUUUCAAAUUAUUAAAAUUUGAAAUUAUUUAUAUAGUAUUAAUAUCAUUAAAAUAUAAUUUACACAUGGAUGUUUUUUAUAGAUGUUUAAAAAUUUUUAAAAUCAUUUGUCACCAAUAUUUCCAAUAUUUUUUAGGCGAAAUUAAAUACUUAUUACAUAUAUUAAUUCAUUAUUUAUGUUUGAAUGAAUCAUGUUCAAAAUUAUUUAUUGUUUUAAAUUUUUUUUUCUAUCUGUUUGAUAAUACCUUGACACUUUUUCAUUUAUAUAAAUAUUUUUAUUAUGAAAGUAGACAUAAAAAGGGCAUUCUCUUGAGAACUGAUACUCAGGUGGACUAUGAAGGGGAAAACCAUAACGAAGCGGUGAAUGAUAAGGAAAUGGUGGACGAUAAGGAAAUGGCUAAUGAUAACGAAAUGGCUAAUGAUAACGAAAUGGCGAAUGAUAAAGAAAUGGCGAAUGAUAGCAGGGUGGCAAAGGGGAAAAAGCAGAAGAAAAAGAAAGGACGAAAUAAUUUAGAACAAGCUUAUUCCACAGUAAAGCAUAACAGUGUUAAAGAAGAAAAGCAUGAAUAUAAACAUGAAAUAUCACAGGACAUGAAAUGCAAUCUCGAUAAAAUGAAUGAGGUCAGGAGGAUGAAUGACGAUGGAAAUAAAACAAAUAUGAAGAGUUAUAUUAAGCAAUCAAAAAACUCAUUGAAUACCGAUGUGAAAGUAUAUAACGAGGAACAAAUGAAAUCUGAACUAAAUGCAGAUUAUGAGAAUAAUAAUAGAACUAUGAAAAGACUAAGUGAUCAGGAGGAUAAUUAUACUGAUAAGGACGAUUUCGUUUUUAUAAAGAUUGUUGAAUACAUUAGCAAAAUUAUACAUGAAUUAUUAUUUUUACAUUCAAUAGAUGUAACUAAAAUGUAUAUUCAUUUAAAAAUAUUUAAAUAUGAUAGAAUAUAUACGACCGAAAAGAAUAUAGAUCAUAUUAUUGAUAAGGUUAGAAGUAAGUCGAAUAAUAAUUUCACAAAGGACGAGAACUGUGAUAUAGAGGAAGAGAUAGAGAUGAAGGACAAGAAUCAAUGUAAAGCAGGAAAAGAAAAGGAGAAAGAAAAAAAGGAAAAUGGAAGAAGACAUAAUGAAGAAAAAAUAAUAACAAAAGGAAAACGAAAAACAGAACUAAAUGAAAUAUCAUUUUGUAAUUUUUUGAGCUACCCUUUAAUAUUGCCAAACAAUUAUAUAAACCCAAGAGAGAAUUUUUAUUUAUUUAAAUUUUCUACAGAAAAAAAAGUAAGUAAAAUAUUAUUUGAUGAUUUGUGUUACAAAGAUGCCGAUGAAAUUCUCUUACUUGCAUCAUCCGUAGAUAGCAUUUUAUCCAUAAUAAAUUCUUUUUAUGUAAUUUUUUUAAAUAUACUAAAAAAAUCUUUUAAUCAAUAUUGCUUUGCAACAAUAGAUUUAAACGAUGAAAAAAAUUUACAAAAAACAAAUUUGUCAACAGAUCGUAGUACGAUGUUUAAUGAAGAAAUGUGGACAGGAAAAAAAAUACAAACGGAGAAAUACAACAAUGUAGGUGAUAAUAGACACAAAUCUGGUAAUACAUUUUUGCGAUCCGGUGUGAAUAAUGUGGAGAACUUAAAUUUUUAUUAUGAAGUAGAGCGAAGAAUAGAGCAUUAUAAUAACAGCUCGAUUGUACAGGUGAAUGAAGACACAAAAGGAGAUAUUAAUAGCAGUUAUUAUAGCGGAAUGACGUAUAUUAAUAACAACACAAAUGAUAAAGCAAAUAAUUACUGCAGUAGUAAUAGAAGUAAUGAUUACUAUUUUAGUGGUGAACAAAAGUAUUAUAAUUGUGCAGAUAAUGCUCAUAAUACGGACAAAAUUGAAAAAGAUAGUAAUCUUUAUGGGAAGAAAAAUAAUUCAUACGACGAGCACAUAUCGUUAUUUUGUUAUGUAUUUAAUUCUACGUGUAGAUAUUUUAUAUCUUCAUUGUGCUUAAUUUUUUCAUAUACAAACACGUUGGAUCCUUGUUUUUUUAGUGGAUUUCAGAAAUUAAUUUUUAUCAGUACUCAUUUAAAAAUAAAUAUUUGUACAAGAGCAUGUCUGCAAACGUUGACCAAAUGUAGUAGUAUAUUUACAUUAGAAAAUUCUCCUUUUUUUUUGAAAAUUCUUCGAAAUUUUGAAAAACAAGAUAAUAAUGUCAGAGCAAAGAAAAAUAAAAUAGGUAACAGAACUAAUUACAAAGGAACUAGCUCAAGCCCUUCUAACGAGAAUAAAAAUCCCUUUUUUAAAAGUAAUAAACCAAAUUCUAGUGAUAAGAAUACCGUGAAUUCAUAUAAAACUCAAGGUGAUAUUUCCACGACACAUAAUAUUAAGCAUAAAUCAGUUAAAAGAAACAAUAAUAAAAAUGUUUACAAAUUAAAUACUAAGGAAAAAGAUAUGCGUACUAGUGGAGAAGUUAACAUUGUUAAUUAUUCUAUAAGUAACUGUGAUGAUAAUAUAGAAUGUUCUAUUUUUAAAGAAGACAUCAAGGAUUCUGUUAAAAUGGUUGAUAUGUAUAAUGAACAGAAAAAUGUGCAUGCAAGAGAUAAAAGUGAAACAAAUGUUAACUUGAAAAAUGCAACAGAAAAAGGAAAAGAUGGGGAAGUGGCCCAAAAUGGUAUACAUGACACAGGGAAUGAUCGAAAUUUGGAAAAUAGAAAAAUGUGUGAUGUGAAUGGUACUAAUAAUUCUAACAGUGUGUAUAACGUGAAUAAAACUGAUAACUAUGUCGAAUUUCAUAAGAGAAAGAGUGGCACAUCUAAAGACUCCCUUAACAUAGCUUAUAAUAAUGCACAUAAUAAUAUCCGUAGUGAUGAAAACAAAGAAAUGUACAAAGGUAGUAGUUUUACAGGUGAAAACAAUUUACUUGGUAGGGAACCUAUUUCCAAAAAAGUGAGCAUAGAAACUGUUGAGUCAAAUUUUGUUUCUUACAAAUCAACAUUAAAUGAAGACUUGUUAAAAUAUUUUGACGAAAUUAUCGGUGUGAUUUUGAAAGAGUCAUAUUAUAUGAAUAAUGACUUAAAUAAUGUAAAAUAUAUUUUAUCAAUAAAAGCUGUAAUUAGUAUAUUCUAUGUAUAUGGUGAUAAUUUAGAUUUUGAUAAUUGGUUAAAACUAAUAAAUUUAUUUGUCGAAAUUAAUUAUAUAUAUAAAUAUAUAUCUGCUAUAGAAAAUAAAACCAUCGAAUUUUUAAAUUUUCUUUAUCUUAUGAAUAAGAAUGAAGAAGAUUUUGUAUUUUCAUUACGUAAACGUCUGAUUGACUCAGAUAAAAAAACCUAUAUACAAAAUAUAAAUUCAAAGAGCAUAGAAUUCUGUUAUUUUAUAUUAAGAUUUAUACAGAAAAAUCCUGUAUUAUGCGCAGAAAUUACUGUAAUAUUUUCUUCCUUUUCUUAUUUUUUUAAAAAUACAAUUUUUUAUAGCAUAUCCACGCUGAUGAACAUAUUAAAUUCCAUUCACUUCAUGAUAUUUAAUCAAUUUUUUAAGCAGAAGAAAUUUGUUCAUAAACAGUCUAAUAGCUCAAAUUAUAAAAACAGUGCUACGAAAAGUGAUAACGAAAACUCUUCUUCAUAUAACGCGGAUAAGGCCUUAACACAAAAUAAUAAUGCUGCAUAUAAUAAUUACCUAAGUGAUAUAGAUUGUAAAGAUAGAAGUGCAGGUAGUAACAAUGAUAUGUUGAAGCCUAGUAAUGACGAUAGCAGUAAUGACAAGGAUGUCAACGAUAUGAGAAGUUAUAAUAAUCUCAUAGCCGACAAUGCUGCAGCUGAUGCGAAUAAGUACUGUGGUGGACAAAACUCACUCAACAAUUUAUGCUUCAUCAAGAAAAGGAAAAAAGAAACGGAACAUGCAGAUAGAAAUAGAGAAAAUGUACAUCUCAUAGAUUUAAGAAAAAAUAAUUUUAAUAAAUCAAAUAGAAAGAAAAACAUAACUGAAAAAUAUAUGGACUUUGUUUAUAAGAAUGAUGAUAUAUUUGAAAUAUUUUAUUAUUAUUUAUCUCAUUUUGACCCUAUGUACGCCUCGUAUUUCACAUAUUACAGUGAAAUGUUUUUUCUAAAGAAGAAUGCAAAGCAGAAAAAUAAGGACAGGGAUAUAAAUCAAUAUGAUUGUACAAACAUUCAGAAACACAGUGGAUUAUCAAAUAGUAAAACCGAGUUUGAAAACAACUCAAAUGGUAGCAGAAUUAACAGUAACCGUAAUAGGAGUAGUAAUAGUAGUAGUAGUAGUAGUAACAUUAAUAGUAAGAGUAAUAGUAAUGGUAAUAGUGAUAGUAAUAGUGAUAGUGGUGAAGCUACGAAGGAACGUAUUUAUAUUGUUCUAAAGCGGUUAGAAAAGUGCUAUAUCUUUGAAGACUUUUACCCAUUAUAUAUGAUAGAAAUGUUGUGUGUAAUUAAUAUGAACAAAAUAACACAUAUUUAUAACAAUUGUUGUAUGAGUAUUUUAUUAUUAUCCUUAUGCAAAAAUAGUGAUAUUCAAAAAAAGAGUAUUGAUACGCUAUUUAAUAUAAUAAAAAAAUCUAUAGUACAUUAUAAAUAUAAUUUCAAAAUUCAGCUUCUUUUAUUUAAACCAUUUUUUUUCUUUAUAAUAAAUCCAUAUGUAUGCUAUCGUUCUUAUUUUAUUAGCUCGUUUUUGAACUUUAUUAGAAAAAAUGCUUCAUUUUUUAACAAGGGUAUGUGGCUAUUUAUUAUUUUCCUCUUAUAUGUGUCUAUCAAAAAAGAAUUAAAAAAAAAAAGUCUAAAAAGUUUGAAUGAAGGAGAAAAUCAAGAUAUUCUUGAGGAAAAUAUAUCAAAUAUUAACAACAUUUUUAAUAUUUUAGAAAUUAUAAUUGUAGACUAUAUUGAAGAAAUACCAGUAUGCAAAAUUAUGGAAGUGAUAAUACAUAUGCUUAUAUUAUUUGCAUCCUUAAACGUUUUGAGUAAUAAUACAUCAUUUAGAGCUAUUAAUUUUUCUUGGUCCUUUGUGGACUACAUUAUAAAUUGUUUUGAUUUAUUGAAACAUAAUAUAAAUAAGAAUAUCAAGGAAGUAAAAAAAAAAGAUACAGAAAAUGGAAGCAGAAAGGAAAAUAAAUUAUUGCAUAUAUGCUUUAUGGAAAAUAAAAAAAUGUAUAUAUUUCAAGACGAAAUUAAAAUGAAGAAUAUAAAAAUGAAAAGCUUUUUUAUUUUUAUUUUAAAUCAUUUAACGAAACUUUGUUUUGAUGAAAGAAUAGAAGUUAGAAAUUGUAGUAUUAAAACAAUUAUGAGCAUUCUGUCGGCCCAUAUAUAUAAAUUCGAUUUCUUUUUUUAUAAGACAUCCAUAUGUCUGUUAUUGAAAAGACUUAGUAUAAAAUAUUAUUACAAGAUACAGGAUUAUUUUAAAUUAGAAAAAGAAAAUAAGGAGCAUACUGACGCAAUUGAACUGAGAGAUAAACUGCGCAAUGAAAUACCUACGUUGGACAUGUCAAAUCAGAAUAGCAACAAUCGCAUUAAUUAUAACUAUGACUGUAAUGAACACAACAGUUAUAAUAACAAUGUCCGUAACAACUGUAGUAGCAGAAAAUGCGAAAAUAAUGAAAGCGCGAAUGGGUUCAUUAUGGAUGGAACUGAGUCAUAUAGGAACACAUCAAGUGAAAACACAGUAACGCAUAAUGAGGACGUUUUGAAAGCAACGAGAAUAAACUCAUGCUCUGUGAAUGGGUUUAACGAUUUAGUGGAUGCCACUGAAAAAUUUUCGUUGUUUGAUAAUCCUGAAUCGGCUAGUAAUAUGUUGAGAGAAGCAUUUACAAACAGUUUCAAAAACUUAAUAGAAGAACAAGAAGGUUAUUUAACAGGAAAAAAAAAAAAGAAGAAAGAUAAGAAGAAAGAGAAGAAAAAGAAAAAGAAGAGAUCGGAUUUAUUGGAUGAAGUAGAGAAUAUUAUGAUGUUACCCAUUAUCAAUGCUAGCAAAUUUUUGGAAGUAGAUAAAAGUUAUGAUUUAUAUGAUUACGUUAAUGCAAAUUUUAGUAAAAUUAUUAUUCAUCAUUCUAGGGACAGUAUACUAAAGCAAUGGAUCGAAAGUUUUAUUUUAAUUAUAGAAGGAUCUAACAGGAUAUUACUUGAGCAAAAGAAUUAUAAGAAAUUUUAUUUUUUUUAUGACACAUUUGUAUGUAUAUUAAAGACCAUAUUGUUUACUGAUUAUUAUAGUAAGAACAUGUUUGAAUUACAUAUAUCUAUAUUGCAAAUACUUAAUAAUAUUUUUAUGUCCAAAUUUACCUAUUUUGGUGUAUCUUACUUUACAAUGAAAAAUUCCAUAACAACUAAAAAAACAUACACAGAUUAUUUAAACAUUUUUGAUAAAUGUUUUUUUUAUAUAUAUAAUUAUGCUUAUUCUAUCAAUGAUCAAAAGAUUAAAGACUUUUUAAUUAAGCUCAUUACAGAAAAUUUAAAGAAUAUACAUUCUGACAAAUGUAUAUACGUGAAUUCUUUGAUGUAUUUGCAUUUGUUUCAUUUGUUAUUUGCCUCCAAUUUAGAGGUUUCCGUGAAUGAAGAUGAAAUAAAAAAAAAAAAAAAUUUUUCCUUUUUAAAUUAUGAUUCCUUAUUAAAUAAGCUAUAUUUUGAUUAUUUCAUUGACAAUGAAUCGGGGGGAAACAAGGAUAAAAAAUGUAAUUAUGAAGAACCCUAUGACAAAAAAGAAGAUAGUGGUAAUAUAAUGGAUAAUGUACUCAAAUUAGAAGCAGAAAAAAGUCAAACUUCAAAUUCCGGGGAAAAACUAUCUUUUGCAAAUAGUCAUUUUUCAUAUGAAUACAAAACAGAUAAUUCUAUCAUUGAUCCAUUAAAUAUUUACAAUAUAUUAGAAAACAAUAAAGAAAUAUAUGAUAUAAAAGAAAGUAUGACGUAUCAAUAUAUGAAAAAGAAAGAUAUAUACAAAGAUUACUUAAAUAGCAAUAUAAUAAAUAGUGAUAUUUUUACAAUUAUUAUGUAUAUAUUUCUAACGUUGGAAUAUGAUCAUAUUAACCUUUUGAUAAAUUAUGAGCUUCGAAAUUCAGUGAAACUUUUAUUACAUACCCUUUCAGACAAUGAACAGAAAAGAGAGAUCUGUACCAAAUUAGUAAAUUUCUUAUUUAAUGACAAGGCAUUAUUUAAUGAAAAUUUGGAUGAAAUAAUUGAUAAAAUAGAAUUAAAUGAUACAUAUAAUAAACUUGAAAUGGAUAUGAACAAGAAUGAAAGAAGUGUAGAAAAUAAAGAAUGUAAUAGAUUAUUUACCUUAAAUUAUAAAAAACUUUACCCUUUAAAUAAUUAUGUAGAAAGUUUUCAACUGUUUUCAAUUGGGUUGUUCAAUUAUUUUAGUCCAUGUUAUAUUUAUUAUAUUCAUAAUAAAUUUAAUUUAUAUCCAAAUUAUAACAUGAAUUUAAUAUUUUCAAUAAUGCUUUGUAAUUUCGUUAGACAGGAAUAUUGUAGUUUAUAUUAUCAGAAGGAAAAAGACUAUUUCGUUUCUUUUAUAAAUAUGUUCCCCUAUAUUAUAGCAACGCAUGUGAAAUGUUUUCUUUAUAAUUUAAAUAAUAAUUCUUGCUUUGUAUAUUACGAGAGCAUAAUCAUAUUGUUGAAAAUUACAUAUAGUGUACUUCAAAAGUGUACGAUUAUUCCUAAAGAUAGUCAACUGAAGUACUGGUAUUCUGUCAUUUUUUCAAUCGAGAAAAUACUUUGUGUUAAUUGUAGCAAUGAUAAAAUUGAUAUGUUAGACAUUAUGCUCAUAAAAUUCAUAAGGAAUAAUUAUUUAAUCGAAAAAUCCCUGGUUCCGCUAUUUAUAAAAAUCUACUUGACAAAAAUUAUAAGUGAACUGAAUGACAAAAAAAGAAGAGCCUUUUCAAGCUGGACAUUACAAAUAUUAUUUGAGGAAUACGAAAAGAUGACUAAGGAAAAUUACAACGAUCAUUAUUAUACUAUUUUUAUUACAUUAGUCAUGCUAAAAAAAUGCGUGUUAACAUUAAAGAAUUUUUCAAGUGGAAUCGAUGAAAAUAAUGCUGACGAAGUUUUAUUUAUUUUAUAUGAAAUGAAAAAAUUAAAAUGCUAUUAUUCCUACAUCGACAUAAAAAAAAGCAGUUCUAUAUUAAAAUUCACAGAAGAUAAAGCACACAUGUUCAUUUGUUACCCGUACCUUUUAGACUGCUUAAACACAAAAAAUUCGAAAAUUUUUACGACAGUUAAGGAAUUGCUAAAACUUAUAUCUUACCCAUUGUGCUAUCACAAUAAUUGUUAA